GCUGACCCCGCCCUGUGUUUCUUGGAGAGGGUGGGCAUGCCAGACGCCAAGGCCAUCGCCGCUGAGCAGAGGAGCUCCGACAUGAUGGCAGAUGGUGUCGAGGGUGAGGAGGAGGAUCCAGAGUACAAGCCACUGCGGAUGCCUUUCAGAGACGAUAUGGACGACUUCACCAACUCUCCACUGGACGACAAAGACGACAACGUGGAAGGUGAAGCUGAAGCCAAAUCAGGUGAGAACGGUCAAGGAGUGGGCGGAGCCUCGAGCGCCAACGAGCGGCUCUACUGGCCGGCGGCCUCAGCUCUCACUGCACGGCUGCGUCGCCUCAUCACGGCCUACCAGCGCUCUAACCGCAGGGAGCAGCAACGCCAGGAGGCCCUCAGCCGGCCUGACGGCCGCCGCCGGCGACGCAGGGACUUCCUGCCCGCCAUCGGCAUGGUUACCGACGCGGGGGUAGGAGGGGCAACUUACAUCCAAGAUGCAGCGGCGGUGUUCCUGACGGACGGAAGCCCGUAUCUGACUAAAGGAGGUGCCUACUUUGCCAAAGGCGGUCAGUUCUUGCCGGAGGCGUCGCCGGUGAUGACCACCAGCUCGCUGAUGACGGACGGAGCCAUGUACUACAAGGAGAGACGACAACGAUGGACUCGUCGCGAGGAGGCCGAUUUCUAUCGCGUGGUGUCGACCUUUGGAGUCGUCUUUGACACCCAGCGUCAGAAAUUUGACUGGGCGCAGUUCAGGGCCUUCGCUCGACUGGACAAGAAAACGGACGAGAGCCUUGAGAAAUACUACUACUCAUUCAUCGCCAUGUGUAAGCGGGUCUGCAGGAUGCAGGUCAAGACUGAAACAGAACUCCCAGACCCGACCCUGAUCAUCGACCCCAUCACAGAGGAGCGUGCCUCCCGCACCCUGUACCGCAUCGAGCUGCUCCGGCGCAUCCGGGAGCAGGUCCUCCCCCACCCGCUGCUCUCGGAGCGCCUCAAGCUCUGCCAGCCCUCCCAGGACCUGCCCGAGUGGUGGGAGAGCAGCCGCCACGACCGGGACCUGCUCCUAGGGGCCUCCAAGCACGGUGUGAGCCGAACAGACUACCACAUCUUUAACGACCCCGCCUUGGCCUUUUUGGACGCCCACCAGCGCUUCACCGGCCAGCGGGGGGCUCGCAGCGGUGCAACGGUCCAGGGUGAGAUCACCAAAGCAGGAAUGGGAGCGGCGGAGACCAACCCUGCGCCCCUCCUCACCUCCGCGGAGAUGGUGAGCGCGGCAGCGGCUGCCAAAGUUGCUGUUGCAGCCAAAGAAGAGGAGGGCGAAGGAAAGGAGGUGAAAAUGGAAACUGAGCAAGGAGAUGUCGAUGACAUCCCGUGUAUCAAGACUGAAACUGUUGAUGAGCAAAAGGGAAAUGAGGGAGAGGUCGGAGUGGGGAAAGAGGAAAGCACUGCUUCGCCGAGGAUCGAGGUGAAGGAAGAGGACGAGGCCCAGCCAAAAGUGGAAAAAGAGGACCAGGAAGAGCAGAAAGAGGAGCAGAGAAGAGAAGGAGAGACAACUUCCAAGCCGGCAGACGACCAAGACAAAGACUUGACCGAAGAGGAGAAGAGCUCGACUGCCGCCGACUCUCUCAGGGACCAGACGGAGACGACGACCGAGCUCUCGGAGCAUCCCUCCUCUCCCAAAGAUCAACCCACCCACAAGGCUGCAGAGGAGAGGGAGAACCCAGAGUCUCCUAAAUCCCCAAAGUCAGCCAACACCGAGAAAAGCCCGGAGGAAGAAGAGGAGGAGGAGGAGGAGGAGGAGGAGGAGGAAGAGGAGGAGAGGAUGGAUGAAGAUGACAAAUCAGAGAAAUCCUCUCAGGCUGAAGCGAGCGCUGCGUCCGAGCAGAAGAACUUUGACGAGGAGAGCAUCGCGUCGCUGAGCACGUCGGCCCAAAACGAAACCAGAGACGGGUUCUGCCCCGACGACCUACCGGAGACCUCUGCGCUGCAGGCCUUACAGGACCGCGCCUACUCCUUCUCAUUCUGGCCCAAGGAUCGGGUGAUGAUCAACAGGAUGGAUAACAUCUGCGAUGCCGUCCUGAAGGGCAAGUGGCCCGUAAACAGGCGCCACAUCUUCGACUUCCCCAGCAACCUGUUGCCGGGGCACUGCUCCGCCGUCGCCACAGCCGCCGUCGCCACGGUGACCGAGAGCCCGCUGCAGAGACGGAGCCUCACCGAGCUGACGAUGGCCGGCAUCCACACAGCUUACAGUGGGAGUGAGGACAAAACACUAUCACCACAGGUUCAUGAGGACGCUUUGAGCCUGACGGCGCCUCGCCAGAGGAGGAGGAGAAGGAGGAAGAUCGAGAUCGAGGCAGAGAGGGCGGCCAAGAGACGCAACCUGAUGGACAUGGUGGCUCAGCUGAGAGAGAGCCACUCUGCCGCAGAGUCCCAGAGCCAGGCGAUAGACCUCACCAAGAGCAUGCACCAUCACCACAAGGCCUCUCCCUCAUUGGCCGGCUUCCCCAAUGCCCUGGUGACGAGCCCCUCCCUCAAGGCCCAGAUGGAGUUGCUGCAGCAAGCCCCGCCCUCCGGACACAGAGCCAAUGGUUCGCUGGAGGCCGACCUGCCAAUCAUGAGGAGGAGGCGGGGCCGCAGGAAAAAUGUGGAAGGCCUGGAGCUGCUGUUCAUGGGCAACAAGAGAGCAGGAGGGGAUGACGCCGACGGGACAAAGGUCUCAGGUGUGGAGGGGGUUCAGGAGUCUGCCCGGGCCCCCAGACCCCUCAUCGUCCCAGAGCAGAGCCCCAGUGCCAGGUCUCUGGCCUCCGGCAGUCUGGAGGAGGAAGAGACGGCGGUUUCCAACAAAGAGCUGGGAGAGUGGCUGAGGCAGCACCCGACCUACACCAUGGACAUGGCUGGAUUCACACCAAAGAGCGAGGAUUUACUGCUGUCUCAGUUCUCCAAGCCCAAGCAGAAGCGCCACCGCUGUCGGAACCCCAACAAGAUCGACAUCAACACCCUGACUGGAGAUGAGAGAGUGCCUGUGGUCAACCGACGCAACGGACGCAAGAUGGGCGGGGCCAUGGCUCCACCAAUGAAGGAGCUUCCCAGAUGGUUGCUGGAGAACCCGGAGUAUUCUAUUGCCCCUGAUUGGACAGACAUCGUCAAACAGUCGGGUUUCCUCCCGGAAGCCAUGUUUGACCGUCUAUUGACCGGCCCUGUCGUCAGGGAGGAGGGCGUCCGUCGCCGGGGGCGACGACCGAAAUCUGAGAUCGCCAAGGCAACCGCCGCCGCCCAGGCCGCAGCUGCAGCCCAGGCGUCACUGGCCUCUGUUGCUUCAUCUGCAGGCGGAAUCAACCCUCUGCUGUUAAACAGUCUGUUUGGAGGGAUGGACCUGUCGUCCCUGCAGAGCCUCCAGUCUCUCCAGUUGGCCGCCGGUCUGAUGGCGUUUCCUCACCCCUCCGACCCCAAGCAGGCCGCGGCCAGCGCCGCAGCCGUCUCCAUGCUGCCACUCAUGCUGCCCGGUAUGGGAGGCCUGCCCAACAUGGCCGCUGCCCUCCCCAACAUGUUCAGCCUAGGUGGUCUGUUCGGCGGCAACCUGGCGGCAGCCGCCGCCGCGUCGCACUCCAUCGCCGCCACAUCACGGAACACCAACGGAACAACGGAGGGCGAAGGAGCAGAUGGCGACGAGACGGUGACGUCGAAGAGGAAGAGGGAUGGAGAAGGAGAAGACUUUGAAGAAGGGGCAGACGAGGAUGAGGAGGAGGAGGCUGAGGGUAAUGAAGAAGGAGUGAAGAAGGCGAGGAAGAAGGAGAAAAGAAGGGCAGAGAAAUCGGUCAGCGCAGCCACCGGAGCUCCUGGGAUCCCAGCUGCCGAUUCGUCGGCCGAGGCGUGCAUCAACGGCGAUGCCACGGCGCUGCUGGCCGCAGCCGGCAUGUCGGCCAGCUCCCUGGCGUUCAACCCCUUCCUCCUCUCCACCAUGGCCCCCAGCCUCCUCUACCCCUCCAUGUUCCUACCUCCCGGCCUCGGGGGGCUCAGCCUGCCCGGCUUCCCCACCGCCUCCACUCUGGCCGAGCUGCAGAGCGCCAUGGCCGGAAUGCUGGGGGGCAACGCCGUGACCACGAACCCCAUGAGAGACGAGGAGGAAGAGAAGGCGGGGCUGAAAGCUUCGGGAGAGGAGGAGGAAGAGGAGGAGGAGGAGGAGGUGGUGGAGGGAGGAGGUAAGAGUGACUUGGCUGAGGAGGAGGAUGGAGCGGAGGAGGAGACAAGAGGAGACGAUUCAGCCCUGGAGGACGGAGGGCUGGAAGAGGAGGAGGAGGAGGAGGCGUCUCCACAGAAGGACAAGAGUGACUGAAAUAAAAACACAAAACUGACUGGCCUUUACAUUUCCUCUCCUCCCCCUCGCCACGUUUACACGCCUCCACCAGAAAUACCCAAACUAUUACCAAUCCUGUUUUUUUUGUUUUUUCCUUCUUUUACAUUGUCGUUGAUUUCUCACUAUUUGUUGUUACUUUUUUCCCAGCAGGUAUAUUUACUACGCGUCAGAGAGAACGAGGUGUGUGUGUGUGUGUGUGUGUGUUAACUUAAAUCUCUCUGAUCGAUAGUGUAGUCAGGGAAAAGUCCUCUGAGCUCCUCCUGUGUGCACUGUGAACGGUGCAACCCCGCCCUCCUCUCCCACGAUCCUUCAGAUAGGACUCCACAAAGUUCCAGUAGUGCAUUUAUUAUUAUUAUUAUUAUUAUUAUUAUUAUUGCUGCUUUCAGCUCUCAAAUCUUUAUUUUUGCUUCCCUCGUCUGGACUGUUUUGUUGUUGGCAGCAUUCUUUCUAACAUCAGUUCUCAAAACAGCCCCGGCUGUCUGUCUGACAAAGCUGCUGCAAAAGGAAUUAUGGGUAAUGGAGUUGAGUUGAGCUGUUGUUUCAGAGCAGACUGUUUUUUUCAUUUUUUUUUUCUAGUUCUCACAUAUCAGACCAGGUAGACUCUGAGGAGGAGAAGCGGACUGGACUAGAACUCAGUGUCACGCACGCACGCACACACACACACACACACACACACACACACACUGACGACCACAGCAUACUUGAUCAUUAGCUGCACACACUCGCACAUUCAAAUGUCCAUCACUACACACACACACACACACACACACACACACACACACACACACACACACACACACACACUAACCCCCGAAAGCCCUCUCUGUCAUGUGACUGUUUAGUGGGAGGACUGGUCCCCCACAGCUGUUUUCCUUUGAGCGUGUGGAUGCACACUGAACCAAUACUGUUAAACCAGUCCCACACUGUUUGAAUGCCAGUCUUUGAGUCUUUCCACUGCCACGUCUGAAUCCUGUGUCUCUCUCUUCGAGGCGGCUGGUUUGGUGCUCAGGAGGGGGCAGGCGGGCUGGGUCUGCCCCCGAUUGGGCCUUUCCAUCGGUCCCCGUUUGGAGUUCUUUUUUUUUCUGUGAAUGGAUUUGUAGCGGUGAUCCACACAGGGAUGUGAUGUUUCAGGUUUAUUCUUUAAAGCAGGUGAGGGGGGGUACAUGCAAUGUUUGAUUUUUGUUUGGAGGUUUUUUUUCCCGGUCGCUGCCACAUUAAGAAUCCUUUGUUGUUAUUAUCUUUUUCUUUUUCUUCAUGUCCCGGUAGUUCCAGACCAAGUGCUGCUCCCUAGUGACCUUCUCUUAAGACUGUUUCUCUAGUCACACACACUGACACCAGGCCUGGCCAGAACACCACUGAGACACACUUUUCACCCGAGUUGGAAAUUCACAAAGUUUCCACAUGAAGACCAACUCAAGUUUUAAACGCUUGAGAAGCACAGGCGGCGCCCCAUUCGUUUCUGCUUUUUUCCCCCCGAGGCCAGUUCAAGUGUCCGAGGCGAAUCGAGCGCCGCGAGUGGUUCAAAUAUUAUAAAGUCCAUUCAAAUACACACACACACUGUGGCCAGGUCAUGUUAACAUUUGCUAUCACAGCCAGCCCAGCAGAUGCAGAGAGAGGGAGAGAGAAAAAAGAGGGAUGGAGGGGGAGAGAUGAGUUUUUUUGCUGUCUGGAAGACUCCUUCCCCUUCAAGUUCCUCGUUCUCUCAUCUAAUGCUGAGACAGCAAUAACCAAGGCAGCUUUUGAAUGUUCCAACAUCUCUCCCAACACACACACACACACACACACACACACACUAUAUGAAUAACCACAAGUGUCGUAUGAAUAGAAAAAAACUAAACAAAAAACUGUAAAUGAAGACAAAUAAGUACUGCAAUCAAUUUUGUCUCACUCUGUUCCUGUUGAUGCACUGGUGUUAAAGAGUUAAAAUAAUCAGGUACCUUUAUUACUUAGCUACUUUUUCUUGAAAAACAAUGGACUUUUUGUUACUUUUAGCCAGCAAGCUGAAGAGCAUUACCUCAAAAUUCUUAUCUAGCCUUGAAGUUUACAGACAUACCAUGUAAAUGUUUUUUUUUUCUUCUUUUUUUGAUGUUUGUCUUUUUGUUUUUUGUUUUUUGGAGACAUCAUGUAUGAUGAAUUGUAGCUAUGAUGCUUUUAAUAAAAGUGAAUCAUGAUACUCGCCUAGGAAA